AUGGUCAAUUUUUUUCCCUUAUUUAUUUUCUUCAAUCUUCCCCUGAUAUCUCUCGCUUGGUUCUUCUCAUUAUUUGGUGGAUGUCCUAUGAAUUGUCCUCCUCCAGCCCCUCCUCCACCACCUCCACACGUUUUCCGAAAUGCAUAUCCAGUUGCUCCUCAACCACAAUAUCCAAUUGCACAAUAUCCAGUUGCUCCACCAAUGUCAAUUCCACCGAAUGCCUACGCCCUUCCACCAGCUUACCCUCUUCCACCAAGAGGGGGAUAUGCUGUUCCACCACCGGUUUAUGUGACCCCACCCACAUAUCCGACACCUCCACCAACAUAUCCUACCCCACCACCAACUUAUCCAACACCACCUCCUCCGAGAUGUUUUCAAAAUGGGCAUGGUAAGAUAUUUCGGGAAAAGGGAUUUUAAAAUUGGCACAUUUUUAAUUAAAAUUUUCAGAAUUUUUCUAGUCACGUGAGGUUCGGGAAUUAGAUUAUUGCAGUUCUACCUUGAGAAAUUGAAACUUAGAUUCGUGUAUAUCAUUUUGAGUGCUACUAUUUUUUGAGUUGGGAAACUAAAGACAAUCUGAAAAACUGAAACGUUUAAAUUUACUAGUGGUCCCUGGAAUUAAACAUUUUUAAAUCUUGCGCACUAGGCUAAAGAUUACUGUAGUUUUUCAAUAAGCCAUAAGAAGUUUUUUAAAACAUAAUUUCAGGGUCUGAAUUAAUGGUUUUUUUUGAAAUCAAGAAAAAUGGUUCACAAUCAGUUUUAAAAUAGUCGCUUCCAUUUUUGUAUAAUCUUUCAAAAACUAAUAAAAGUUAAUCUAUCUUUUGAAAAACACACUUUCCUAGACAAAACUAAUUUGUAUAAAAGUGAAACUUUUCCAAUGUUCGAAAAUCAAAUGUUCACCUUGAAAAAAUGCAAAACGCAUAACAAUGUGGGAAAAUGGCAAAUUUUGAAACGGUCUGAAGUGAUUCAAUUUUCUAAUUUUUUUCAGCAAACAAGUUAAUUUUCCAUGUUUGCAGGCUAUAAAUGUUGCAACAAAGAAUUGAAUAUGUUUUUGGAUGAAAUGGUCGUCCAAAUGCAACAUCCAAAAUGGCACGGUUGCAAUUUACAGCGAUUUGCAACACAAAUUCAACAUCAAGCACAAUCUCGUUUUCAAUCAUUCAAUGGAAUCAAUUGUUGCUUCUGGAGAUAUGGAAAAUCUAUCACAUUAUCGAGGAGAUCUUUAUUGUAAAAAGAAAGCGAUGGAUGGAAAAAUUGUGCUUCUCUAUGGUACUGUAGUUCCUUAUGCUUUGGAAGAUGGUGAAACUCGACCAAUGACACCUGAAGAAAUAACAAGGAGAAUGUAUCCAUCAAUUUAUAAUGAUGUUGGAAUGCAUAAUGGUCAUGAAAAUAAUAUACAAUUUUAA